GCUCGCUUGACUUUUGCAGUUCAGCUGGACCGCGAAGGGGGCGUGCCGUGCCGGUGCCUGUUCGUCAGCGGGUUUUUAGUUAUGGUGGUCGUCACGUUUUUAAAUGAAGUUUAAAAGCACGUAGGCAAAACCUGUACUUGUUAAAACUAUAUCAGAACAAACGUCUGCCGUUUGGGAAACAAACCACGGGUUUCAAUGAAUUGCACCAGGGUUCUGCAGAUACUGAACCCCAGGCCAAUGCCAAGUCCAAUUAUGCCUGUGGAUGUGGCAAUGAGAAUCUGUCUGGCACACUCACCGCCUCUUCGCAGUUUCCUCAGUUCAUAUGAGGACUGCAAGUCCAGGUACUUAGUCAACCAGUACAAACCUCUGCGAUCCUGCAUCAGCUCAAAGACCGACGUGAACACUGCCAACCUUGGAUGGAAGAGUCCCGAGACCAAAGCUAAAAAGAAAGUGGUUUUUGCUGACUCCAAAGGCAUGUCUCUGACAGCAGUCCAUGUGUUUAAGGAAUUUGAGGAAGACCCCAUGUUAGACCUGCAGUUUGAAUUAUCAGACCUAGAGGAUGUCAUUGUGGGCCUAAAGGCUGAGGAGAAGGAGAAGAAUUUGAUUUUGGACUUUCCUCAGCCUGCCGCAGACUAUUUGGACUUCCGAAACAGUCUAAAGAAGAACCUGGUAUGCUUGGAAAACUGUAUAAUUCAAGAGAGAUCACUCACCGGCACGGUCAAAGUGAUCAAUGUAAGCUUUGAGAAGGUCGUCCAUGUGCGAAUAACAUUUGAUUCAUGGAAAAGCUAUGCUGACAUUCCUUGUACGUACAUGAAUAAUGUUUAUGGCUGUGAAGAUGUUGACACCUUCUCGUUUUCCAUCGACCUUCCAAGUUCUGUGGGCUUACAUGAGCAGGUGGAGUUCUGCAUAUCCUACAAAACGCAUGAUACGACAUACUGGGACAAUAACAACGGGGAAAAUUACAAGCUGGUACAUACAGAGAAUGACCCCAGUCAGGCCAAUGUCACCCAAACGACGACAACAGAUUUUAAGAAUAAAGGCAAACGGCCAGAGAUGGAGUUUGAUCAGUUCGGGAGCCCAAGAACAUCUAGUGGAUUCUUCCCCGAGUGGCAGAGCUGGGGUCAUAUUGAGAACACUACCCCCUACUGGUGACAGUUCAAGACCCUCUGAAGAAUUUGAAGUAAAUCUUGUAACAAGGGCAAAUGCAAAUGGAGCGCUUAGUUCGUUUCAAAAUUGACUUAUGAAAAGUCUCAUGAAAGUAGCAUUUAGCAAUAACACGCUAUUCUGUAGAUCUGACAUGAGGUAAACCAAUAAUUUUCAUAACAUAGGAUGCCUUCCUUUGUGUUUUUCUGUGAUUAACUGUAAUACAAUGGCAUAGUUUCAGAUAUCUUUACAAAUGUCUUUGUAUAAAGUGAACAAACUUUCUCUGAAAUAGAUUCUUAAAAACACUAUUUUGUUACCUUGAAGAGCAAUCAUUUUAUUGUUACCCAUCUGAAAUCACUGAAUUUUGGGAAUCCUUCUUCUGAAAUGUAACUGGACAUAAAUAUGUAAUUUAAGUCAUCCUUAAAAGGAUGGAAGUUCUGUCAUUUACUCAACUUCAUUUCAUUCCAAACCUGUAUGCAUUUCUUUAUUCUAACACAAAAUGAGAUCAAAUAUAAUGAUAUAUAAAGAAAGUAAAUGCCGUAGAAUAUCAUUUUGGACCCCAGUGACUCACUUUGUCAUUAUAUGGAUAAAAACAGUUCUUAUAGGAAAUAUCUUCCUUAAUGUUCCACCGAAGAAAGAAAGUUGUAAAGGUUUAAACGAUAUAAGUGCGAGUAAAUGAUGACAGAAUUUUCAAUUUUGGGUGAACUGUCCCUUCAAGAGCAGCACUGCAUAAAACAUGUUAUUCUCAUAUUAUGGAAGUGGAAUAAUCUGGUACAAUAUGAGAUUGCUUCAUAUUGAAGUUCUCAAAUGUGAGAAAUGUGUAUCUCAUUUGAUAGUACCAGUUUAUCGGUCACUUUUUAGUGAAUGCACUUGGCAUGAUGCAUUAUAAGGGAGUCCAUGAGAGAUAAUGAUGCCCAUUAAGUGCUAAAUCCCUGCUGUUGCACUUCCAAUUUUUCCUAUGUCUCUUGAUGUAUUUUACACUUCUUUCCUACAACAUUUUUGCUGCUAUGGUUUUUGUGCGUGCCUGUGUGAGCUGCAUUGUGAUUUAUGACCCGUGUUGUGUGGAAAUUCUCCAGUGUUAUUUGGAGAAAAGAAGAUGAGGGACUUUUGGAUAUAACUUUAAAGAGGUCGUAGUAUGUGAGGAAGAGUGGUUAAAGAGAAUGCUAGUACUGAAUGAGAUUGUUGCCUUUUUCAUGAUUAUGUCCCCCCUUUCACUGAAAUAUAAAAUUCGGUUGAGGUUGACGCCUUGAACAAAGGUGAUGGUGGACUGUAAUGAACUGUAAGCUGCUGUAAUUGCGGAGAGGGAUCAUGUAGGUUGAAUGUAAAAAGGGGCCUACACAAGCCACAGUGUAUGCCUACAUAUUUUUCUACUGCAAAGAAAGAUGUUUGUUUGAAAGAAUGUUGUACUAUACUCUGUGUUCCUCUUAGAAAUAAAGCCUAAUGUUUCUAUGAUGAA